AAGGAGCAAUAAAAAUCAAUGUCAUCAUCUAAUUGGCUAUUGUUUUUUUGUCAAUGACUAUGCAGCCAGAACAGUGAACACGAGCGAUCACCACAAGACCAGAGCCAGCAGGAGCAGACGCAGACUCAGCUCAGACAUCAAAUCUGUUUCUGUUUCUCUUUUCGUCUAACAUUGCUUGUGUCUCCGAAUAAUUUUAUUUUUACUUGUAGGUCUCUUGACCCGAUUUUAAGGUAUGUUAGUUAUCAUUUUUUAAAAAUAAAUUCACUUGUUCCAAGACUCAGGAUGUCCGAAAAUAGAGAAGAAAUUCUAGCAAAUUUUCAGGCCUGCACUGACAUUGAUGAUCUGGGCAUAGCAUUGGAUCACUUGGAGCAAUCUAAAUGGAACCUUCUGGAAGCAAUCCAGAGAGCGAUGCCACAGGACUCGCAGACGCUGCCUUCGGAGCAGACGCCCGACGUUGAGAUCAUAGACGUGCGUCCGGCUCCUGUAGUGAAUGGCGUCGGCGUCGGGGUGCCCGUCAUACUCAGUCCCGACAUGGCGCAUGCGCCUUCGACCUCGUUCGGCGCCACCACUCGCCUCCUUCAUUUCCACAUCCACUACGUCGACAACAUGAUCACUCUGCAAAUCAACGACCACAAUCGUGUUGGUGAUUUGAAAAUGUUGAUAUUUGCAAAAACACAAAUCCCGAUUUGUCAACAAAUUCUAGAUGGAUGGGAAAAUGCACCUUCUUCAGAUUCAGUAUUGCUGUCAUCUCUCAACCUGCCUCACGAAAAUCUAUUAUUCUUAACAGUUCCAGAACAGAAUAAUCUUUCGGUCAAUUCCUCAUCAAGUGACACCUUAUCGCAAAAAUAUAAUCUAGUAAUAUUUGAUGAGAAAAAAUGUAAGGAGCACAGACUAGAAGUUUUAGGAUCAAAAACUAUUGGUGAAGUCAAAGCAGAAGUUCGUCUACUUAUAGAUAUAACUGUGAAAAAUCAAGUUUGGACUGGAUGGCCUAUCGAAGAUGACAGAUGUACGCUGUCACGCGCUCGCCUCGAAAUUCCUGAGCAUAAGUUGAGCGUGCGGCCAAAAAGGGAGUACAAGAGGCCAGUUAUUGUCGACCAAGUGAUGGAUAGUGAUAGUUCUGUUGAAGAAUUUGAAGAUGCUUCGGAAUCUUUCACUGGAGAAGACGAAAUGUUCGUUGAAGAAAUUGGUUCAAGGAAAUUGCAGCCAUUGAUUCCAGAUAAUGUGGAAGAUGAAACGGCUGGUUGUAUCCAUUUCAACGACGAAUUCACAAACAGAUAUGGCGAUUUGCAUCCUUACUUCUUCCCAGGCACAUUAGAGGAUGCAAUCAAAGACUCGUGUCUAAAACCUGCUAGAGAGAGAAGGCCUUUAGCAGUGUAUCUACAUCACGAUGGCAGCGUGUUGUCCAAUGUAUUCUGCACUGAGCUGCUUUGCUUUGAAUCGGUGAUGCAGUACUUGAACAGCAACUUCUUGGUUUGGGGCUGGGAUCUCACGUUCGAUUCCAACAAAACUAAGUUCCUGAAUUCCGUGUCAAAAAGCCUUGGGAACAUGGCAGCUGUUACUGUGAGAAGCAUCGACCUUGAAAGACUGCCAGCGUUGAUAAUCAUCAUGAGAAUGCGUUCUAACACUGAAAUUUUCUCAGUAAUAAAUGGUAACAUCGGUGUGAGUGAGCUUUUGACGAGCCUUAUUCAAGCGGUGGAUGUGUUCAGCGACCAGCAAAGACUCGAAGUGCAAGAGGAAGACGAACGAGCCGCCAGAGAAAUGAUCAAAAUCGAACAGGAUCAAGCAUAUCAAGCAUCUCUCGAAAUAGACCAAGCCAAAGAGGAAGCGAAAAAACAACAAAUCAUGAUUGAAACGCAAGAAAAAAGGAGGAUAGAAGAAGAAAAACAACAAGAAGAAGCCAGAAAAGAGGCGGAAAGGCGGUUGUUGGAAUCGCAGUUACCUGACGAGCCGGAUGAGACUAGUGAAGGUAUUUCCAAAAUUCGUUUCAGACUUCCAAGUGGUGAUUUCCUCGAAAGACGCUUCUCAAUCUUGAAUAGUUUACAGGUGGUCUUGCACUAUCUUGUUGUCAAAGGUUAUCAUACAGAAAAUUACAAAGUGAUUAGUAGUUGGCCAAGGAGAGAUUUGACCACACUUGACGUCCACUCAACCAUCCAAGAUUUGAAGCUGUAUCCACAAGAAACACUGAUAUUGGAAGAACGAUAGAAAUUUCCUUGCUUGAGAGCUCUACCAAUUGAAAAUGAAAGUGAUGGCAUAUAGUCUAAGGACGUCAAGACUUCGGCUGUGUUUGUUCAUUUCUCAACAACUUGAAGAUUCUCUGGUGUGUUUGAAUUCAUUUUAAAUUCCGCAAUGUCCGUUAAUAAAUUUAAUCAAUUAUCUAUUACUUCCUUACUACAUUUUUUCUAAUAUGUUCAUAACUGCUAAUAGUCACAACUGAAAAUUAUCGAAGAGUACAGUAAUGAAACCUCUAGGCCUAAUUUUUGGAAAGUCGAAAAAAAGUUUGGUAAAAUUGAAAUUUUCAGGAUUUAUUUGCAAGAGUUGCAUGAUGGUAUUUAAUAAAAUUAAAACCAAACCAGCUGAUGAAUAUAAUAUAUUGUACAGUAACCUUGAAUAUAACCUUGUAAUUGAAUCUGGUGUGUAAAUAAAAUCAAAUCUCUGUAUUAUAAGUUGAAAUAUUUUUAAUUUAAUGAGAUGCAACUCCAAUAAUUUUAGCAUUAAUGUUCAUUUCGGUUAAUUAAAUUAUUGAUUCGAUUCUAAUAUUUGGCGCAAAAUGAUUUCAACACGGUUAUAAAGACAAAUAAAGUGAGAUAUGAUUGUAAGAGUGUGGAAGAAUCCAUUUGAACGCUGUCGUAUCUUUUUUACUUGCAAUGUAAUGUUUAACUGUAUUGUCAAAUGGUAUGCUAAGCAACUCACGAUACUGUUUGAUAUAACAAGAAAUAAAAUUUUGUUUACUCUAUUA